GUUGCAAACAGACAACUAUGGUCCAUAAGACAACUAUGGCGGCGCAAACAGCUGUGCGAAAUGUGGGUCGCCUGUCGCCUCAGAAAACGGCGAUAUUCCUCUGCGACAUGCAAGAGAAGUUUCGCAAGACCAUACAGUACUUUCCGCAGAUUGUGGCCGUCUCUCAACGGCUGCUCAAAGCCGGGCGCGCGCUUGACAUGACCGUCAUCGUCACCGAACAGUAUCCGAAAGGUCUGGGCAACACCGUUCCGGAGCUGGGACUUGCCGAGUUCCCGGACAUCAAGCCAAUCGAGAAGACCCAGUUCUCCAUGAUGACCGCUGAAGUAACCAAGACGAUGCAAGAAAAAGGGCUCGACUCGGUUGUUCUGUGCGGGAUCGAGGCGCACGUCUGCGUCCAGAACACAGCCCUGGCGCUGCUAGAGCGAGGCUUCAAUGUGCACAUCGCUGUUGAUGCCUGCUCUUCGCGCACCAUGGUCGACAGAUUCUUCGGCUUUGAACGUAUGAAAGCGAGUGGAGCUUGGCUGACCACAAGCGAGAGCGUCAUCCUCAGUUUGCUCGGCGGCUCAUCACACCCAAAGUUCAAGGAAGUCCAGAAGCUCAUCAUGGAGUCGGCUCCCGACAGUGGCCUGCUUGGAUUUGCUCAGAAGCAGACGAGUGCUUUAUAGAAAGGAAACCAUUUGACGCGUUAAUUUUACACUGCCUGCAUCCUCCACUGCAUUUAUGUAGGAGCCGGAAGUGUGGCCGGAAGUGUAUACUACAGUGGCCCAUUCUACAAGGAUAGUAUACUAGCGCAGUUUUCUUGUUUUACUUAGCCAAUGCGAAAUUGGCAGCACGAGUGGACAUUUUCGGCGUUUUUCGAUCUCGAAAAUGGGUGGCUACGUGUCUAGAUAUCGGAACUGGUAACAUGCUCCCAGUGACAUCUCCAUGUUGAAAAAGAAUGUGCAUGGUUGGGGAAACACCAAUUUCUAUUACCAUCAUUGAUAUGCUGUUGAUGAGAAUAGCUAUGUGAAUUUCAUAAGUAGUUAUUGCUCUUUGCAGGGUGCUACACAACACACGAGAUGUCCCUGAGAAAUAAAUAUGCAAGCCAUGACAGCCUAUUUUGUUGCAUCCUACAGAUUCUUAACCUAAACAAACGGGCCAUUGGUGACCCAUGUAAAAAAAUUGUAUUAAAUCAGCAAAUAACAACGGAAGCCUUUGUCACAUUAAUUUGCUUUUCCUGCUGGCUCAGGCUUUUUAUGAAAUGUGCAGUUUGGAUAGGCCUAGACCUAGAGCAAUGCCAAUUUUGUGGGCCUUUUCGAGAUUGUGUUGUUGAACAAGUUGCUUGUGUAUGUUGAAAUAAGCAAUAAAGCUGCAAUGUUUUGCAUAAUACA